AUGGACGUGUGGAUGUACGUAUGUCAUGUCUAUCACACACCGGCCGCCUCCCCGCCAACCAUUACUGCCCCUCUGCCAGCUGCUGCUGACGACGAUGCUCCUUGCGACGCCUGCCGUGAGCGAGCUGUACUGCCGCCCGACAUACUACGCACUGCAUACAAGCAAUCUCGUCUUCCCCAACCAAAACCGGACAAGACGGGAGCUAGCGACGUCCGGCUCAGCGGCUCUCUUCAGCUGCAUCCCCGGAAAUCGAGACGCUCAGGUUUUUGUUGCCAGCCAACAUGUCAUGGCGCAUGCACCCCUCGUCCCCAACGGUGCCGUCCCGGGCUGAGGUCAUACACCCUACACUCGUACCUAGUGUGUCUGUGUGUCUGUCUAUGUGUAUGUGUGUACUACACACACUCUCUCUCCAACAAAGCCUGCUGUCUGUUGUCUGUGUCUCACAUCCAGCGCAUGCUUCUCACCCACGCGUGA